GGAGAACACCAACAAUCCUUAGCCAAAAUGCUUGUCAAUCGAGCCCUGGGCCGGUGGAGGCAGCGUAUGCUUCGUGCCGAUAACACUAGCGCCAUCGUCAUCAGUAUAUGUCCCGGCCGAAAAUCUCGGAGCGGCUGUCUGCAAAACGAGGAGGAUCUGUGCUUCAACUUGGCUGAAGGACCCUCGUACAGCAGCCCUGAAACCUGGACGAUCGCCUCUUCGCAAUGCUCAACUCCGUCAUCCAAGGUCGUAGAUGAUGACUUGUGGCCCCGGUUGAGUUCCUCGGAAGGCCUGCCUUUAUUCUCCUGCAGCAGUGCCGUUGUGUCCGGCAGAUUUCCGGAACAAGUUGAGGAGCUGACGAAGGACCAUGACGGUUUGGGAGCCGCUUCCUCGAGAGAGGCGGUGUCGUCGGACGAGAAGGGCGGCAAGGCACUCGGGCUGCGGGCGCACGACUCGUUCGGUCGAAACCCACCGGGGACUUUGUCUCCUUCCAACGCCAGGAGUGCGGGUCCGGACCCCAAAUCCUUGAAGGCCUCCCCGAGCGAUGCGUCCAAAGUCCAGGAAGAAGAGAGGACUCCAUCGUUGGCCAAUUUCAAAAGGACAUUGGAAGAAUCCAACUCGGGGCCGGUGGUGAAGAAACCGAGGCGCGUCCUGACCCGAAAUGUUGGCGGGCAGCCCGAAAGCCUCUCUUCCACCCCACAGCAUAAAAUCACCAACAGGCUGGCCAUCCGCCGAAGUGUACGAGGACAGAAAAAAUUGGGGGGGAUAGAUAACCCUUUAUUCCACCAAACUAGGAAAGCUUUGUGUGUUUGCUGAAUCUUCUCCGUCUCGUCCAGAAAUCCAAUCCAACCUGGAGAUUUGCAGGGAAUUUGAAGCUGCAGUUUCAUUCUCUGCUCCCUUUUAUUGAGAGAGAGAGAGAGAGAGAGAGAGAGAGAGAGAGAGAGAGAGAAAAUCAUCAUUAUUUUUUAAUGUCGAAGAAGGCGGGUUAAUUUAAACAGCUUUAUCCCAACCUUCUGACUCCCCUCCCCUCCCCCCAAUUGUCAUAUAACUGUGAAUUUUGUAGGCAUCCUUAGAAGGAUAGAGAGGUUGGUGUAAAAAAAUAUAUAUAUACACGUAAAUUUAUAUUCCUUCAUACAACUCAUAGUUUCCUUCCCUGGGUACACUUGCAUUGAUUGUUAC